AUGGCUCUGCGUGUCCAAGUGCUGUCGGGACUUUCCUCAGAAGAAGUUGCCACGCUGGACUGCGAUCCCGCGUGGGACGUGUCGGAUCUCAAGUGGGAGCUGGAGCGGCGGAAGAAUCUUCCGGAGGCAGAACAACGCUUGCUGCUGGGGACCCGCGUCUUGUGCGACAAGGAGCGCCUGGGCGACCUCGCAACGGCCGCGCUGACCCUUUCGCUGAUGCGGCUGGAUCCGCAGUGGGUAGGCCUCCUGCAGGACCUCCGCAAUGGCCGACGCGACUGGAAGGACAUGGACCAGGAGCUCCAGGAAAACCGGGAGGUCGCCCUGGCUGCUGUGCAGCGAGAUCCCUCCACGCUGCCCCUGCUGUCCACCGAGCUGCGGCAGGACAGCGAGAUCGUCUUGGCCGCCGUGCAGCAGCACGGCAGGUCCCUGCAGCAUGCCCUGGGCAUUGCGCGGAGGGAUCCGAAGGUCCUGGAGGCGGCGCUGAAACGUGAUGGUUUGGCCAUCCGCUUCGCUACGGAAGAGCAGAAGGGAGAUCGACACCUGGGACUUAUGGCAGUGAGACAGAAUGGCUGGGCCCUCGAACUGCUGGGUGAGAAGCUGAAAGCGGAGCGGGAGAUUGUGAAAGAAGCGAUCACCCAAGAAGGUCAAGCUUUCAAAUUUGCGGACGAGACCUUGAAACACGACCGAGAGUUGAUGCUGAUUGCCCUGCGCAGCAACGCCGAAGCCCUGAGAUAUAUGCCGCAGGAGGUGCGAGAAGAUCCUGAAGCACUGCUGGCCGCGCGCAUGGGGGUGCGCAUCCGUGGCGCAGGAGGCUUGCAAUACUUCAAGUCGUUGCUCUCGACGGCCGCACAUGAGCAGAGCGAUGCCUUCCGCUUCAGCGAUGCCUCAAAGAUGGUGUCAUCAAACAUGGCUGGAAAAUGA